ACGCGGCGGUCUUGCCCAGCGCUAGGCGAGCGCUGUGCUCGCCCGGGAGAUCGCUCCUCUUCUGCCGGGCGCAGACGGCGGCUGGGCAGCUUGCGGAGGAUUGGAAGGGCGUGGUCCAGGACCCGGGCUUUCUCCUGGCCGCCUCCUGCCUCGUCCGGGCUCGAAGCGUCUCCGGGGACAGCCACGGCCCCGAGGGCGGUUCCGAGGUCAUCUUUAACAAAGCUCUCAUUGGACUGAAGUGGAAACGUAAGAAUUGGAGCAUAUUUUCAUUUUUGAGAACACAGGCGUGAAAGCCACAAUGAAUGGUCAUAUUUCUAAUCAUCCCAGUGGCUUUGGAAUGUAUCCAUCUCAAAUGAAUGGCUACGGAUCAUCACCCGCCUUUUCCCAAAUGGACAGAGAACAUAGUUCAAGAACAAGUGCAAAGGCCCUCUAUGAGCAAAGGAAGAAUUAUGCUCGGGACAGUGUCAGCAGUGUGUCCGAUACAUCCCAAUACCGUGUUGAACACUUGACUACCUUUGUUCUGGAUCGGAAAGAUGCAAUGAUAACUGUUGAUGAUGGAAUAAGGAAGCUGAAAUUGCUUGAUGCCAAGGGCAAAGUGUGGACCCAAGAUAUGAUUCUUCAGGUGGACGGCAGAGCUGUGAGCCUGAUUGACUUAGAAUCAAAGAACGAACUAGAGAAUUUUCCUUUAAACACAAUCCAGCACUGCCAAGCCGUGAUGCAUUCCUGUAACUAUGAUUCAGUCCUUGCCCUGGUGUGCAAGGAACCAACUCAGAGCAAGCCGGAUCUUCAUCUGUUCCAGUGUGAUGAGAUUAAGGCCAACCUCAUUAGUGAAGACAUUGAAAGUGCAAUCAGCGACAGUAAAGGAGGGAAACAGAAGAGGCGACCCGAAGCCCUGAGGAUGAUCUCCAAAGCAGACCCUGGUAUACCGCCUCCACCAAGAGCUCCUGCCCCAGUGCCCCCUGGGACUGUUACCCAGGUGGACGUUAGAAGUCGGGUGGCAGCCUGGUCUGCAUGGGCAGCUGACCAGGGGGACUUUGAGAAACCAAGGCAGUAUCAUGAGCAGGAAGAGACGCCUGAGAUGAUGGCAGCCCGAAUUGACAGAGAUGUGCAAAUAUUAAACCACAUUUUGGAUGAUAUUGAAUUUUUUAUCACAAAACUCCAAAAAGCAGCUGAAGCAUUUUCUGAGCUCUCUAAAAGGAAGAAGACAAAGAAAGGUAAAAAGAAAGGACCAGGAGAGGGUGUUUUAACUCUGCGAGCAAAACCUCCACCUCCUGAUGAAUUUAUUGACUGUUUACAAAAGUUUAAACAUGGAUUUAACCUUCUGGCCAAACUGAAGUCUCAUAUCCAGAAUCCGAGUGCAGCCGACUUGGUUCAUUUUUUAUUUACUCCAUUAAAUAUGGUGGUGCAGGCUACAGGAGGUCCUGAACUAGCCAGUUCAGUACUCAGCCCCCUGUUGACUAAGGACACCAUCGAUUUCUUAAAUUAUACUGUCCACGCUGAUGAAAGGCAGCUGUGGGUGUCGCUGGGAGAAACUUGGAUGAAAGCCAGAGCAGAGUGGCCAAAAGAACAAUUUAUUCCACCGUAUGUUCCACGGUUCCGCAACGGUUGGGAGCCCCCAAUGCUGAACUUCAUGGGAGCGCCCACGGAACAAGAUCUUUAUCAGCUGGCCGAGUCUGUGGCAAAUGUAGCAGAGCAUCAGCGCAAACAAGAGACAAAAAGAUUAUCCGCAGAGCAGUCCAGUGUAUCAGAGUAUCCUCCACCUGAUGGGUAUGCAUUCAAUAGCAUGUACACAAGAGGACCCCAUGUGGACCAAGGGGAAGCCGCUGUGGCUUUUAAGCCAACUCCCAGUCGCCAUGCAGAUAGAAAUUAUGAUCCCCUGAAAGCACAACCCAAGAAAUAUGCCAAAUCCAAGUAUGACUUCAUGGCAAGGAACAACAGUGAGCUCUCAGUUCUAAAAGAUGAUAUUUUAGAGAUCCUUGAUGAUAGAAAACAAUGGUGGAAAGUUCGAAAUGCAAGUGGAGACUCUGGAUUUGUGCCAAAUAACAUUUUGGAUAUUGUGACACCUCCAGAAUCUGGACUAGGGCGUGCUGAUCCACCGUACACACAUACCAUACAGAAACAAAGAAUGGAGUAUGGUCCAAGACCUGUGGACACCCCCUCUGCUCCGUCACCUCCUCCAACACCUGCUCCUGUUCCUGUCCCCCUUCCUCCUUCUACUCCAGCACCUGUUUCUGUGCCAAAGGUCCCGGCGAACAUAACCCGUCAGAACAGCAGCUCCAGUGACAGUGGUGGCAGCAUCGUGCGGGAUAACCAGAGACACAAACAACUCCCAGUGGACCGAAGGAAAUCUCAAAUGGAGGAGGUGCAGGACGAGCUCAUCCACAGACUCACCAUCGGUCGGAGCGCCGCCCAGAAGAGGUUCCACGCGCCACGGCAGAAUGUGCCAGUUGUCAACAUCACUUAUGACUCCACACCGGAGGACGUGAAGACAUGGUUACAGUCCAAGGGCUUCAGCCCCGUCACUGUCAGUAGUCUUGGAGUAUUAAAUGGUGCACAACUUUUCUCUCUCAACAAAGAUGAACUGAGGACAGUCUGCCCUGAAGGGUCCAGAGUCUUUAGCCAAAUCACUGUACAAAAAGCUGCGCUAGAGGAUAACAGCGGCAGCUCCGAGUUGCAAGAAAUCAUGCGAAGACGACAGGAAAAAAUCAGCGCUGCAGCUAGUGAUUCGGGAGUGGAAUCUUUUGAUGAGGGGAGCAGUCACUAAUUUGUUUUUAAACUCCAUUGAGAUUUUUGGCAUUAUUCCAACGUGCUUUGUUUUAAGAAGCCACGAAGGGAAUGUCAAGUCCUUGUUUCUUGGAAUACUUAAUGUAUCACCGUAAAGAAACAGUGCAGACAUAAGUAAGCAGAGGACUUGUUUCCUGGCCCAUUAUUUUUAUUGAAACUAAAUAAUUUAAAAUAGAUGUUUUACUCUUGGGAAAUGUUUUGCCUAUUCUCCCAAGGUCAAGUUUCCUUUGCUGGAUUACGUAUGUCAUCCCCAUCCCAGUGGAUAAGCCAGUGGAUUUUGACAGUGGUGAAUUUAUUCUUACAGCAAAACAAAGAUACUGCCCAUGAUUUAAAAUCUAAAUGAUUUCAGUUUUGCCCAUGACUCUGGUGUCUGUCGUUCUGAUUGCAGCCCGCUUUAGGCUGGCCUCUGCUUGCUUAGGUCUCUUCUUUGACAUACUCAAUGAUAGAACGUUUAGAUUUAUUUGAAGUUCUUAAUGCCAACAGUUUAAAAAAAAAUCAGAACAUUUAAUGAACUGUAAACUACAACAAGGCCUUGGACAUGCAAACAGAAGCCUCGGAAGCAUUCCCAACACAUUUUAUGUAUCAUGGCUCUGCGGAUCACAACUCCUUGUACAGCCUGUAUUUUGAUUUAGUUUAUAUUCUGCUUAUUAUCUGUAUUGUGUUCUUAUGUGUGAGAAAGCACAAGUGGAAAAGAGGUCAUAUACAGUCAAAAUGUGUCACAGGAAGUAGCCCACAUUGGUGUGCGUUACAGUAUUUGGCUAAUAAAGGCCUCAGUUCUGAAUAUUGAUAUAAGUAGUUAAAUGGAUAUUGGGGCCAUUUUAUGUGUCUGUCUGUGUCAAGUUUUUCUGGUAAUAAGAAACACUUAAUUUACGCAUAUUUUAAUCCUGUGAAAGAGUCUAGGUAGAGAAAAGAAAGAUACCUAACCUUCAACAAAUGUUAUUUUUGGAAACACAAUUUUUGUCAUUAAAUGUUAUAUUAUUUCACAUAUAUAAAACAGAUGUUAUGUAAGAAUGUUGUAUAUUUUAACAUAAAUCCAUUUAGAGAGAUUAUCUAGAUUCAUUAAUUUUCAUAGUGCCUUUUUCACAGUCAGCUGGAAAGUCUGCAAUAAACAGUAUUUGCUGUAUGUUAAGAAA